CGCCUUCACUCACUUGACCUAUCUACCGAUCACCACUUUUCGUUCGAUGUGCAAUGUCCGUAGUAUGCCAGAAGAACCGCCUUACAAACGAGACCCAAGAUAAACGGAGUGGGGUGUCUACUGCCUCAUCUUUGAGAAAGACGGCCAUCCGGAUCACAUCUAUAUUGGCUCCGGUACCGCUGUCCCACAAGGCAUGCGCGCCCGAACUCUUCUCUUGCUCCUGUUGCGUACUGAAGGCUCAGAAAACCUUUGCUUCUGUCCUUUCUCCCAGCAAUGGGAAACGAUCAACGUCUGGUCUCCUUUUGUGGGUGUGUGUCCAUGCCCGGCAAUGCAAGGGGGGGAUCUGCGGCAACCGUGCUUGGGACAUCAAGGGAGCAGACGAAUGCACCUGCUCUGCCACGAGCCUUGAAGACCUCCGAAUCAUAGCCAAGCACGACUCACCCCACAAGGAUCUUGCUAAACAAUAG